AACUCUUGCCGGGCCGAACGUAGAUCACACAGAUUACAGAAGGGCCAAGCAGGCCGAAAAGGGGCGAGCGAGAAAAUGGCGGGGCUGCUGGCGUGGGCGGCGGACGUGGUGGGCGGCGGCCCGACGGACGACGCCGGGGACGACUACAGCCGGCUGGCGAUUCCGGUGGUGUUCACCGCGGAGCAGCAGGCGCGGGCGGCGGAGCUGGACGCCCGCGCGGCGUCCCUCCGCCGCUCGAUCCGCGAUCUCCGGCUCCGGAUCCCCCCCGCGCACAUCUCGCAGCGCCUCCCCCACCUCCACGCCCACUCCCUCGCCUCCAGCGCCGACCUCGCCCUCCAACUCAACGCCCACUCCACCACCCGCGAGCAGGCACAACAAAGAGAAAUAGCACUGCAAGAAGAAAAUGCUGCCUAUGAAAAGGCUAUAGCAAAUUGCCACCAGAAAAUCGAAGAAAAGCUGCAUGAAGCCGAUCUACUUCAGAGUAAACUGAAGGAGCUCGACUUGAUUGCGCAGAAAUUUAAGGGUGAGUUUGAAAUAGCACUAAAGGAGGAGGAAGAAGCAAGUCGACCUGAAUCAUCGACAACUGCUUCAAAUUCUUUGGAAAAUGUUACUCUGGAGAUAGAAUCUUCGAGAAUUACAAAGUUAAAAGACUUAGAGGAAAGAAAGAAAGAGUUGAGAUUACUGGAAGAGGCGGUGCAGAGGUUGGAGAUUGAGUGGUCAAUGGUUCAACAGGAGUCAGCAAAGAAACCUUCACCAG